CCUGAGUUUAAAAAAUGCUGAGCAUAUAUACAUAUAGAACAUGAAAGAUUCAGAGGAGGGCUCUUACGCCAAGCUACCUGAAGCUGAACCUCCACAGAGAGAUGAUAAAAGGAAUCUACCAACCAACGAUGAGAAUGAAACACCAAAACAUGAAACUUUUGUGAAAUUCCCUGAUGCUGAACCUCCACAGAAAGAUGAUAAAAAGAAUCUUUCUGAUUCCAGUGAAGUAGAUGGGGUAGAGAAACAAAUUCCUCUCCCUCUUGGUAUCCCAACAACAGUGUUCAAGGAUCCACGUGUUCAAAAGAAUUGUGGGAGUUUCACAGAAGAAGAUUUUAACUUGAGGCACACGAAGCAAAGUGCUAUAGGUGAUUAUUACGUACACUUGCAAGAAAAGAAUGAGCAAGAGAAACCAAAACACCACCACCAUCACCGAAGGCAUCACCUAAAACCACGGGCACGUAGCAAGUCACAGUACUUGUCUGACGAUGAAACUGAUCCCUCACCAGCUGAUGUUGUUAAGGGUAUAUUGGGAGAAGACUCAUCAAAUAAAACCUCUACAAAUAUUUUAUCGGAACUUGCAGAGUAUUCUCUAGCAGACAAUGAAGAACAGGUGUGGUAUCAGUCAGCCCGAUGGAUUAAAUUUGAAGAAGAUGUUGAAGAAAGCGGGGAUAGAUUUUCCAAACCGCAUGUUGGAACACUUUCUCUUCAUGCAUUGUUUGAGUUGCGAAGUUAUUUAUUGAAUGGGGCAUUGUUGUUUGACUGUGAUGGAUUAAAUUUAGAUCAAGUGUCUAGCAUUAUUGUGGACAAGCUCAUUAGCACGCGUCAUCUUUCAUUAAAAUUCCAUGAAAAUGUAAAAGAAUUGUUGUUAAAACGACAUCAUCAUGCCUACAAAAGAAGCUUAAAACAUGAAGAUAGUGUAUCAAAUUUCCAGAAAUCUAAAAAACUCAACAUUAGUAAAUUAGGCUCUUUACCUAUCAUUCGUAAUUUUAGUCAUAGUCAUCUGAAAGACAUUGAAAGACAAUCUUCCGCAGAUAAUAAUCAUCUUAAUCCAAUUAAAGAUAUGCUUGGCAAGGGAAACGAGAAUUUUAUGAAAAAAGUUCCACCAGGCUCUGAGACAUGUAAUAUUUUGCUUGCUGAAACAGAUUUUUUACAAAAACCACUUUCUGUAUUUGUACGUUUAAAUGACGCCUGUGAGCUGGUCAAUUUAACAGAAGUUCCGGUGCCGACACGGUUUAUUUUUCUUUUGCUUGGCACUGAUGGUGAUUUGCUAAGAUUUCAUGAAGUAGGAAGAGCAAUGGGAACACUCAUGUCAGAUGAGGUAUUUCGAGAAAUAGCAUACAAAUCCACAAAACGUCAACACCUAAUUGCUGGCAUCGAUGAAUUUCUUGAUUCAGUUACCGUUUUGCCUCCUGGUGAAUGGGAUCCAUCAAUUCGAAUUGAACCACCGGAUGUAUUACCAUCCCAAGAGGGAAGAAUAUACAGAUCUAAUCCAUCUAGAAAUGAUGCUCAGCAUGAAGAAGAGCAUGAAGAAGAAAUUGAACAAAACAUGCGAAUACAAUCAGGUCUUGUUCGGACUGGACGUUUUUGUGGUGGAUUGAUAAAUGACAUUACCAGAAAGAGUAAACAUUACUUUUCAGAUUAUAAGGAUGCUUUAUCAAUGCAAUGUGUAGCAUCUUGGUUGUUUUUAUAUUUUGGUUGUCUUACUCCAAUUGUAACAUUUGGUGGAUUGUUAGGUGAUGCUACAGAAGAACGUUUGGCGUCUAUGGAAUCUCUUGUGGCUGGGAUGAUUUGUGGCAUUGGUUGGGGUUUGUUUUCUGGCCAACCCUUAACAAUACUUGGCUCCACAGGACCUGUACUUGUUUUUGAAAAGAUAUUGUAUGAGUCCUGCAAGAAUUUCAAUUUUGAUUAUCUAUCCUUCCGUCUGUGUACUGGCAUGUGGGUUGGAAUCAUACUCAUCAUAUUUGUUGUAUUUGAUAUCAGUUUUCUAGUAUGUUACAUAACAAGGUUCACUGAAGAAAAUUUUGCUAUGCUAAUAGGAUUGAUUUUUAUGUAUGAAAGUCUUGCAAAGCUGUUUAAAAUUAAGAAUCUUUAUCCCAUCAACCCGCCAACUGAUCGAAGAUGUUACUGUGCUCCUCCUGCCACAAACAACUUUAGCUCUUUCAAUGGUAGUGUUCAGAAUCCUUACUCAAACUAUAGCAACAUAUCUAUGUGGACUUCAAUAGAGUUAAACCAAUGUGAGAAACCAUUUUCUAUAACACCUGCUUGUAAAUACGUACCCAAUGUAUUUUUUGUGAGUAUUGUCCUCUAUAUUCUUACAUACAUUAUAACAUAUCAAUUAAAAAGCUUCAAGGAGACAUCAUUUUUCACUAAAACCGUACGCAAGUUUGUUGCAGACUUUGCUGUUAUUAUUGCUAUCUUAUCCGUUACGAUGUUAGACUAUUUAAUCGGUGCAGAAACACCAAAAUUAAAUGUACCUACCACAUUUGCACCAACCUGGAAGGGUCGGGGUUGGUAUAUACCGCCUUUUAAUGGCAAUCCAUGGUGGACAGUCUUUGUGGCAAUAAUACCUGCCCUGCUUGCUACCAUUUUGAUAUUUAUGGACCAGCAAAUCACUGCAGUUAUUGUUAACCGUCGAGAAAAUAAACUGCGAAAAGGAUGUGGCUACCAUCUUGAUUUGUUAGUUGUGGCGUGUUUGAUCUUUAUAUGUUCCAUGUUUGGUCUACCAUUUUUUGUUGCGGCUACCGUGCUUAGUGUUAAUCAUGUCAGCUCGCUAACUUUAGAGAGUAGUACUUCUGCGCCUGGAGAGAAACCAGCUUUUCUUGGAAUCCUCGAACAACGUGUCACACAAUUGAUGAUAUUUUUAACUAUUGGAGUUUCAGUAUUUAUGGGGCGCAUACUCAGGUUGAUACCGAUGCCUGUACUUUAUUCUAUAUUCCUUUAUAUGGGUGCCUCAAGUUUGAAAGGUCUGCAGAUUAUGGAUCGAAUGCUGAUUAUCUUUAUGCCUCCCAAGUACCAGCCAGAUUUACCAUAUCUAAGAAAAGUCAACAUUAAACGCGUGCAUAUUUUCACAUUCGUUCAAUUAGUUUGUUUAGUUUUGCUUUGUGUUAUUAAGGAGAUCGAAUCCACUAAAAUGUUGUUUCCCGUCAUGUUGGUCGUCAUGAUAGGUAUCCGAAAGUUACUCGACAAAUAUUUCACUCGACACGAAUUAAAAGUACUUGAUGAUAUUUUACCGGAGUUUAAAAGAAAAGAGUUGGAUGGAGAUGAUGAUGACGACGAUGAUGAUGAUGAUGACGACGAUGAUGAUGACAAAAGUUGCAAGCACACAAAUGAUGACGGAGCUGAGAAUGGCAUGCAGAUUCCCAUGAAGUCUGGAAAUAUCAUGAAAAUAAACGUUCCGAGCAUUAAUCUUUCUAAUGAAGUUAAAAAAUGUGGCGUUUGGAAAACUGUAAAUUCUGAAAAUCUUGAUGGUGAUUCUGAGCACGGGCGACGCCAUUCCAGACGCAAGCAUCGCCAUCGCAGGCAUCACAAACCAAGGAGUGGCAGCAAUCACAUGCCACUGAUCAGCGAAGAAGAGCGUCACGGGAUUGCAGCUAGAAUGAAAAACAAAAUGGUACAAAAGGAAGAUGAUCGAGACAAAAUAGUGAAUGACGAUGAUCGAGACAAUGAUCCCUUGUUGAUCGAAAUGAAUGAUAUUAACAGUACCGUCAAAUUUCAUGUUGGAGACCAUGACGACGAUGAGAAUCAUGAUUAAAAUUGUCCUGAUGUUUUUGGCUGUACCGUGAGAAAUACAUCCAUAAGAAAUAUUUUGAUAACUUGUUCACGAUAUGCACCUCAGCUGUAGCUAUAUACUAUAUAUGCGCUUAUAUAUGCAUAUGGUAUAUACACACAGAUACAUUCACUACUGAUAUAAGCGCGCCAUACUUAUUUCAAACCUAAUAUAGUACCACAUUGUACUGUGUUUUUAAAUCAAAAUUAAGAUUCACGUUUUCCUUUUGAUGGACCAUGAUUUUAAUUACUGCCGAAGCCGUGAUAUGUUUAUAGGGAGUGAAAGAGAUUGGAACCGAAUUUGUAUGUUUUUAGCCAUUUUUAGCAACGGAUUAAAUCCAGACGAGCUUUUAAUAGUCGUGAAUAUUUUAGCCGCUGUGUCUGCCAAUUUAAAACGAAAAUGUUUGUUAUUUUUUUUUAUAUGAUUACAAUGAAUGAUAGAAUGUCGUGCGAUAAAAAGUAUAUCGUCAGAAAUAAUAAUUAAUAAUAAUAAUAAUAAUAAUAAUGUGAAUUGUGUCUUUGUUUUUGUUUGGUUUUUAUGCAUGUAAACUUAACAGACAAAGUUUUCACUUCCCGUAACCUUGUGUUUGCUAAAUGGAUAUGAAGCACGUGAUAAAACAGAUCGGGAUUUAAUUGACUUGUUUACGUAAAGUGGAAACUUGCGCUGAAAAUUAUAAAGAAAACUUUUUGGCGAAUUCAAAUUUUUUUUUUUUAAUGUCGAAUUUAAUUUAAAACUCUAAAGUUGUUUCACACGUGGUAAGACUAUUUUUUUUAUUUUCAACUAUGUCUUUUAAAAAUGCUUUCUAUUUCCAGUGAGCCGUUUCAUUGUGGUUAUAUUGACGACUUAUUUUAACGUAGUGUAAACUAGUGCAAACUAACUGCUUAAGCUUGCUUUUUACUACUCCAUUUUUUCUGAGCUAGCUAACUUUUGAAAGCUGCAUUUAUUACCAAUUUCUGCUUUUUCCAAUUUGACCCUGAAACUAAAACUCAAAUUUUCUAAUACUUUUUGUUUGGAGUUUUUUUUAAAAAAGUUAACUUUGCGAAAAUCUAGACUGGAUUUUUUUUAUAAUAAACCUGGCGAGGCGUCUAGUACCAAAACUGCCUUGGUAGAAUUGUGAGUUAAAGUAAAUUUUUUGGUGAAAAAUUUAAUGUUUUUAUCUAACUAGGCACUGUACCAAAUGUAUGUAGCACCACGGUUUUUCACAUUAUUUUGAAAAGUUAGCAGUCAUUAAUUAGGUAGAUCUUUUUUUCUUCGCUACACUUCUUAGCUAUAACAACAUUAUUUCUCUUAUCAGCGGGCCUCUUAAGAAAUCUGAUUCCUUAUGUUGGUGUUUUGAUUAAACUAUUACCGUAUUUUCUCUAAUAAACGCUCUCUUUCUUUUAAACGCCCCUUUUUAAAUAAACGCCCCUUCUGAAAGUAAAAUUAUUAUAUAAACGCCCCUCUAUUAAACGACCCCCUCCUAUUGAUGUGGGUGUUUAUUGCAAAAAAAUAGUUUUCAUUAAAAAUAAAAAUUUGUUGUUAUUAAUUCUAGUUUCUUUUCUUUUAAUUAACAUAAAUCGAUAACAUUCGAUAGAUCCAAAUCUCCAAAAAAUGUUUUGUAAAUAAACAUCCUCUCUUAUUCACACCCCUCUCCACCCCCCUCCCCUCCCCUAAAAAUUUAUAAACACCCAGGGAGUUUAUUGGAGAAAAUACGGUAUGAGAGUUCGACGUUUUUGAGUUCGUUUUAAUUUAUCAAUUUGUGUGGCCACUUUGUAUUUGCGAGUUUUAGUCUGUAAAAAGCGUCUACGAAGGAGAAUAUUUAGCUGUGCAUGCACGCGUAUAUAGAACUGUAACGUAAGAAUCAUGUUUUUCAUCUUUUAUUUAAUCGUGUCUUAUUUAUUACUACGUGUGAGAAGUACAAGUUACAACUAGGCAUAUUUUUGUACGUGAAUGAUUCUUUAUUUAAUGUUAAAAUUUAAACAUA